ACUGAACUAUGUCCAAAAUUAGAAAGCACUGUGGUCACACUUUCCCUUCGAAUUGACAAGCAUUUUUGAGCAUUUUUCAUUUUCCUUCGCAUUUCGUCUUUUUCUUUCAUUAAAAAUGGAGAACUUGAAGCUGCAGGAGGAAAUCAAAGAGUUGAAGGCCUUGGGUGAUCACUACGAAAAACAGUUGAAGCUGGCGGGCAUCGAGUUGAGUGACUUUUCCUCGGAAGACAUGGCCCUUCUUGAUAAAUGCGUGGACCUCGCUGUAGAUUCGCAAGUCCAUGCCUUGGACCUGAACUAUUUGCGCGAGUUGCACUCUACCAAGAAGAGGGACAGCAUCGAGAACAAGCUGAUCAAGGCAAAGAAACAGAUUGAGCUGCGCAAAGUGAAGUCGGACAUUGACGAGGCAGCUCGGGAUGUAGCCGUUCUAGAACGUUAUAUGUCUGCCGCCGAAGAGCGUUUGAUUCCGGAAAGUGAGGUUGUGCAGAAAACUAACGUAAUGCUUGCCACCAAACAGGGCUUUUCGGACAGGCAAAAGAACUUUAAUGCACCGAAGGACUUUAACAUUGAAGGCAUUAUUGAUAAGGUGGACUCGCUGGACAGGCGCUAGGGAAGUCCUACUUGUUUUAUAGUAUUUGCUCAAACAAACAUUUUACACAAACAGAAAUGUCUGCAAAUUUCUUAAAGAUAUUUAAAUUUGCACCAAAGGAUCAUUAUUGAUAACAAAAAAAAAAACAAAAAACAAAUAUAACCCAAGUAAUUAGUGAUGGCA